AUGUUUGGGAAUCUUUUUGAAGAGGAAAAUGGCUUCUCUUCCGGAGGUGGAAGUGUUUCCAAGGUGGUUGAUGAAGCCCCUGCUCCCCGUGGAAGAAGCAAGCUGUGCGGCAUUAAGAACCAGGGAGGGACGUGUUACCUCAACUCCCUGCUUCAGACCCUCCUCUUCACCCCCGAGUUCAGAGAGGAGCUGUUCGCACUUGGGACUGAUGAAUUGGGAUGUCUUGAGGAUAAAGACAAACCAGGGGCCAAAGUACGUGUAAUCCCUCUGGAGCUGCAGAGGCUCUUUGCCCGUCUUUUGCUGGUGGAUCAGCAGAGUGCGUCCACGUCUGAGCUCACUGACAGCUUUGGCUGGAACAGCAAUGAGGGAACAAACCAGCAUGACGUGCAGGAGCUGAACCGGAUCCUGUUCAGCGCGCUUGAGAAUUCCCUGGUGGGCACCUCUGGCAGCACGCUCAUCCGCCGCUUGUACCACGGCACCAUCGUCAACAGCAUCACCUGCAAGGAGUGUGGCAACGUUAGCCAGCGACAGGAGGACUUUCUGGACCUUACGGCGUGCGUCUGCGGCAUGUCCAGCCUUGAAGAGGCGUUGUAUAACAUGUUUGUAGAGGAGGAGUUAUUCGAAGGCAAUAAUCUCUACAGGUGUGCAAGGUGUGACAGACUGGUCACUGCUGCCAAGUCUGCCAAGUUGAAGAAGCUCCCGCCGUUUAUGACCAUAUCCUUGCUGAGGUUCAGCUUUGACUUUGCUAAAUGUGAGCGCUACAAGGAGACUGGCCAUUACAGUUUUCCUCUCGUUAUCAACCUCCAGCCAUUUUGUGAACAGACAAGAGGAGAUGACGGUGAUUAUUUGUACGAGCUGUUCUCUGUGAUCAUCCACAAGGGUGGUUGUUACGGUGGCCAUUACCACGUUUACAUCAGGGACAUCGAGUGCCUCGGCUGUUGGGAGCCGCCGGAGGAAGACGACGACAAAAAAAAGACUCAGGCCAAGGCCAAGCAGGAAGUGCAAGAUGUGUGCGAGACUAAUUUAAAUAAAAAUGACCCCUUGAGUGUCCUCACUGCCAUUAUUGACCAGGAGCCAUCAAAAAAUGUCCGACUGGACCAGUUGGGCCAGAAAUUCAUGGAGAAGGUCGGUUCCUCCUGGAGCAACACCUUUAGGCAAGACUUUGGCCCCAUUGGAAAGUACCUGCGGUCGCACGAUGAUGUUUUCAUGUUGCUAUCCAAUGAUACUCGAGUGGCACUGAAGGCAAAAAUACCCACCCCAUUGAAUGAACACCCUGGCCCCAUUGUUCAUGCUGCAGGCCUUGAAGAUGGCUCUGUUGCCAAACUGGAACUCCAGCAAGAGGCCAGCCACUGGUUUGACCUAAAUGACUCCACCGUGACCUCUAUCAGGGAAUCUGACUUGGAGAAGCAAUUCCAGGGCAAAGAAAGCGCAUACAUGCUGUUCUACAGGAAGAGGCAACUGCAGCGACCCAGUGAAGCUCUGAGCAGUCCUCAAUAUAAGAUUCCUCAUCACCUCAUCCAAAUGGCUCAGGAAGAGAACAUAAAGCUGCAGCAGAUUCGUGAGGAGUAUCAGGCCAGCAAUAACCAGGUGGAGCUCCAUCUCCACCUGGCUUCAUCUUAUAGGCUCAUAAAUGGAGCCCUGCGGCCAAUCGGCAAAGAGCCCAAUGCCAGCGCUGCGUUUGUUUUCGAUCGGAGGAAGACUGUUGGAGACUUGCGAUUAGCUAUUUAUCAGCAGCAGGAACAAUGGGAGGGCGACCUGGUUCUGACCUUGGCCAAGACGCUUCCCGCAGGUCUCCACCUGUACAACACUCUUACAGAUGACAAUGUCUCACUGUGGAGUGCAGGUGUCACUGCAAACCCUGACCUGUUUGUUUGGAACGGACAAGAGGUAUGUGGUGAAGGUGUCCUGACCGGAGCCGAAUGGGAGCCGGUGCUGCUCACUGUCGUUCGACCUUGUGUCAAUGUGUGCGACCAGUCGGAUGAGACGGCCACAAAAGAAAGCGGCGACAACUCUAAUGCCGUAGGGCUUCAAAAGGAGGCACGAGCGUUCGCGGGGGGCGCCACCCUCUCACAAGUACGUGAUGCCCUGGGAGAGCCUGCCGACAGUUUACUGUGCCAGGAGCAGGCAGGUGCCAAAGGAGGAGAGUGUGGGGCAGGCGAGGGUGGAGGCGCCAGCGGUUGGCGAGUCUUUCCACCUGAUGACAUGUUCCGCACUCUCAAGGAGCUGUCGCUUCAAGAUGGAGACACCCUGCUGGUGCUGGAACCACAGUCUCUUGAUAACAACACUUUCACUAUUAAUGGAGACUUGAUCACUGUGGCAACGCCGUUUGAUUGUCGCUGGCUUCAAGUGGAGUUGCAGCCAAAUGGCGAUGUGGAAGAAAGCCGGAGAGUCAAGGUUCCUGCUUCAGGAGAUACGAUGCUUUGUGAGGUUAAAGACAGGGCCAUAAAGGAGCUGCAACUCCCAGGUGCACAAUACUGCCUAAGACAGAUGGCUAAAACGGGGAAACUCCUUCCUCCAGUUUGUGAAGAGCUGUGCGUGCGUGACGCUGGCGUGCGGCUCAUGACCACCGUGAUGCUGUGUGAAGGCCGUGCCCCCAAGGCUUCGCAGCUUUUCUUGCACUUCUCUGUGGGUGCAGCGCCACCUACUGGAAUAGAGAUGGACAUUAACGUUGAGAAGAACUGCACCGUUAAAGAGUGUCUACAGGCAAUGUUGGAUGCUGUUGGAAUUCAUGACACUUGUUGGCACUUGAGAAGGCUCGACUGGUGCGAGGAGGUGGGAGAGGCACUGAUUGACGAGGACUCAUCACUGUCGGAGCUGAGGAUAAACAACGGAGAAACAUUAGUCGUCUCAGAGGGUCGACUUCCUCCCAGGGGCUUUGUCAAGAUGUCGGUAUGGCUAUAUCAAGAGCCCAAUGUGACCCACGUUGACAAUGGCCACGUCGAAGAACAUACGGCGGUUCACGUUGUCGAUCAACUCAAUUCUCAUCAGUCAGAGCUAAUACAUGUUGGUGAAGUAGAGAUAUCAGUGGAGGUCAGCCUGAGUGACCUCAAAACUCAGGUGUUGACACUUCCAGCUCUCCAGGGCGUGUGUGUUCCUGCCACCUUCCUGCGUGUGUGGGAGAUGGAAGGACGCAGGCUGGUUCGCAUCCUCAGAGGAAACCAAGUCCCACUCAGGAAGCUAAAACUAACUAGCGGCACGGACAUUUGUGUGCAACAGCUGCUUAAAGAGGAAGAUCUCGGCUCCAAAGAGAUAUUGUUGAAUGUUAAAAUGGGAGUACCGAGGAAACGGUUUUACUACCCGGCCCAGGAGCUAAUCUGGAAUGCGUCACGGGAUUCGUCGCCUGCUGGAUUAUCCGCCUCGGUGGCGGAGCACUUUGGUUUGUCUAUCGACUCUGUUCGGCUGGCCAAGCACCAGCCGCACAAACACAGCUGGGAUGAAAUCAGCAGCUGGAGCAGGCAGCUGUCCAAGAAGAAGAAAAAGAAAAAGACAGACUCGCUACUUGGAGCACCUUUUCAUCUCAAAGAUGGUGAUGUGAUUGGCGUCAAGAAUGUUUUGAUUGACAACGUGGACUUUUAUACUUGGGAAGAUGAGCAAGGUCAGCAGAAGCUCCGAGAGAAAGCGCAGCAACAAAGUAACAACCAGAGGGAACUGGCUGGUAGCGCAAACUGUACUGGAUCACAAAGGAAGGCGAAAAAGAAGCCUGAGGUGGCGCUUUCGAUCAACGUGGGCGUCUUCGGCAGCCAUUGCCACUAG